AAUGAGUCUUCGCUGGGGCAGGCGGGGCCGCGCGGGGCAUGCCGGGCCGCGCGCGGGCUGCAGGGAACGGGGCGGAGCGGAGCGCGGCCGCGCUGGCACAUCGAGGGGAGAGGCAGCCGCCGCGAUGGACGUGUUCCUCGUGAUCCGGCGCCGCAAGACCACCAUCUUCACUGACGCCAAGGAGUCCACCACGGUGUUCGAGCUGAAGCGCGUCGUGGAGGGAAUCCUCAAGCGGCCGCCCGACGAGCAGCGGCUGUACAAGGACUACCAACUCUUGGAUGAUGGCAAGACACUGGGCGAGUGUGGCUUCACCAGCCAAACAGCACGGCCGCAGGCCCCCGCCACGGUGGGGCUGGCCUUCCGGGCAGACGACGCCUUUGAGGCCCUGUGCAUCGAGCCGUUCUCCAGCCCGCCCGACCUGCUCGACGUGAUGAAGCCCCAGGACUCGGGAAGCAGUGCCAGUGAACAAGCUGUGCAGUGAGGACCCCCGAGAGGCCCAUUACCCCCAAUAAAAGAGAUUUGGGAGUCUGAAAAAAAAAAACAUGGAAAAAGUUUGUACUAUGACAUUAAGUGAAACAAAUUAUCUAUUCAAAAUGAUUACAACUACUUGAAAGCCAUCCAAAAAUCUUGCAAAGAAAAUCCCCGAAGUUACUGUUUUUCACAUUGGAUGGUGAUGUUACCUCCUUAUUUCUUUAAAACAUUUCCUCUAUUUUCUCUUGUGAUUGACACUACAAAUAUAAUUGAAAAGCAAUAAACC